UCUGGUAUUCACCUUCAAAAAAAGCCCCAUCACAUUCGACUGUUUCUUAUGAUGAAGGGGGAUCUUGUUGUGAAGUUUUUUCUAGUAGUAUGCGUUCUUCUGAUUCCAGCGAGUGGAGGAAUGCUGAGUGAUGAAGUGGGGGAUGCCGAGUUUAUUAUUAGCACCAGCUUUACUCGACAUUAUUGGAAAUCCAUUGAACGACACGAUCAAGCUCUGCUUCAUAUCUCUCGCCAUUUGGCUCGCCGCGGUGGCCUUCCACAAGCCGAUCGAACUCCAGGAGAGCCAGCAGGAGUAGCAGCAGCAGCUUCGGUUGGUGUGAAAAGCACGAUGAGGCCUGGCAAUCGGAAACCUUCAGGGCGUCAGGGUUCUGUCAGUCGCAGACUGCUCGACCACGGCGCGCGCUGAUUGAUUAAAAAAGCAUUCCCGGAUCGGAUCACAUCUCGAAAGGGUGCACUAUGGUAUCACAACUCCGACUUGAUGUCAAGGACGUGCAAUCACUAUCUGUGAUCAACAACCUUUUCAGAUGCUCGAUGUUAUAUUGCCUGGGGAGGGCUGGAGAAUCUGCUCCACCUUUCCUUCCAUCGUCAAGCCUGUCGGAUUUCAACCCGUCAACCGAAUUAUCGGUUGAAUCCGAUAUCCGACAAAUCAUCAACAAGAUCAGCUUUGUAAAUAUGUCUGCCUCACUCUUUCUCGUCUCUUCUUCUCGUCACUUCUCUGCAUUUCGAUCCGUUUGGACCUCUGUGGACGCAAAAACGCUUAGUUGUUCUUCAUCCACUCUCUCUCUCUCUCUUUCUGCUGAGAGGCUGCAUUUACUGGGACCAUAGCUCGGAAGCAGCCAGCAGCUUCGAGCAUAGGGAAAAGAAUAUUUGUCGAGCCGUAUAUAUAAAAUUCGACCGGGCUAAAUGGGCAUCUUUCAGUGGCCUUUACUUAUCGAGACUUCUUUCAUCGACCAAGUGAGACUGCACCCCGAAUGUCCGAAGACCUGCGAUAGCUAAGGAGAAAUCAAAAGCUAGUAGGAGGGUUGGAAAACCAUGAUCCAGAACCAAGACGAUUCCCUAAUUGAAGAAGGACUCUAUCGGAAUGCUGUGCACGUCGUAGGUUGACGGUGGACUCAGGGCAUGUGUGAAGAUAACAUAGACAAGAAAAUCAAAGCAGAUGUAUAGACUGAAGAGACACUCGUUAUCGUGAUAGCAUCCAGAGUAGAUCGAGGGCAGAUUCACUCCUCCCGAGUGAUGUAACUAGAAUGGCUGGGCUUCCAAAAUACUGCUUGAAGCAAUAAAGAACAUCACGCUCCUUGUUCAGGAUUAAAAUUCUAAUUUGCAUACUCCUUUCUCCUUUGCUGGGUUCCUCCUCUUCGUGGACCCUGUAGAUUAUGGCCGGACGAAUCAGUCAUUCGUGAUUCUUCUACAUUUACCUCUGGCUUUCAUGUGGAGUUGAAUUUCGGAAAACCGUACACACAAUCGUUUAUGGAAUUACAAACUGCCUCGGAC